AUGAAUUACUCAGAUUAUGAUUCCGAUGGCUAUUCUUCAAAUGAAGAUCAAGACUAUGUCCCAUCUGGUAAGGUUACUUCCACAAGCAGAUAUAAAUGCAGUUGAUAAGAUAUUUUAUUACACGUGAGAGAGAAUCAUAACCCCCGUACACAUUAGCUAUGCACUGUAGGUGUCAUGUUUUUCAUGUAUGUUUCUUGAUGAAAGCUACUCUAUUUGUCAUUCAAUUCAAGUCUUCUUAUCAUGGUUGUGUGAUUGAAUGACAGAUGACAACCUCAGUGAAGAUGACAUGAAUGAAUGUGUGAAAGAGGAUGGUCUGGAAGGGGAUGACCAGCGUGGCCAUCAGUCUGAUAAUGUCACCAAGAAGAAAAAUAAGAAAGGCCAACACAUUGGCAUGAGGUGAGUGAUUCAACACUUUAGUGUUUGGCUCAGUUUUUAGACCAAUGGUGUGCAGUGAUUGCUUUGUUUUGCUCUGUUUUUAUUGUACAUUCCAUGUUGUUAGUCUGCUGGAAUUGGUGGAUGACAAUGUACUAUCAGCUUUUUACAUUCUUUUCCUACCGCACUCUUUGUCGAUCCUCAUAGGAAAAGAAAGAAAGGAGGACUGAAGUUAGAGGAGACAGAGCAUGAUGGCAGUGUGGAGGAUCAGAAGGUAGAGCGGGAGGGGGAGGAGAGAGAGUUUUCUGCUCCCAGGCCCAAGAAGGAGGAGGAUGAAGAAAAAAAGAAGAAGAAAGUAGAUGAUUUGUGGGCCAGUUUUCUGAGUGAUGUUGGUCACAAAUCCAAGCCACCUACUCCAGUGCUGCAGGCUACUACUAAACAGCAGGUAUUGCACCAAAUAUACAAACUCCUGGCCCGAAGUGACACACCAGGCAUAUGAUAGUUGGAACCUGGGUUCCUGUUACAGUUUGGUAGCUGUGCAUGUUUUUUGCAUUGGAAUCAAGUUUUCAGUCUUAGGAACACUACUCUGAUGUCUAAUACCUGUUUUGUUUUACUAUCUCCACCAGGCUCCACCCACAGACAGUCCGAAAAAGCCAAUUUCGGCUCCAUCAGAACCUCAACAACCAGAACCUAAACCUAAAGAGCCCUCUAAAGUCACCAUCACUAAGGUGUUUGACUUUGCUGGGGAAGAGGUCCGGUAAGUUUAGACCACUGGUGGACUACGCACAUACCGGUAGCUUUACACUCUUUGACCACCUGAUGGCAGUGUAACCUAACAGUUGAAACCUUCACUUUGUUCCUGAGAAAGUGUCUGCAUUCCACAGCAUACUGGCGCAAUUAGACUUCUGAGUUACAACACCAAAUGUCAGUUUACAGGACUCGGAAAGUGUUUUUACUUAGUCAGGGUCUCACCAGUAGUAGUAUCUAUAUAUAAUAUGAAGCACAUUAAAGGACUUUCUUUAUUUUCUAUGAAAUCCCUAAUUAUUGCAAUAUAUCAUUACUGUUGCACACAGGCAACUAUAACCCAGACCCUAAUGGAGCAAUCCCCUUAAGGAAUGUAUUCCCAGAGGAUGUACUGAUUGACCUUAAUAUUGGACUGGUCUCCUCCACAGUGGUGCAUGGGCACAUCCUAUCCCUGUCAUUAAGUCCUAUUUGAGAAGAGAGGACAGUAUGAAUUUUUUUUUUUUAAGUAUGCACUCACAGGUAAGUCGCUCUGGAUAAGAGCGUCUGCUAAAAUGACUUAAAUGUAAAAAUGUAUUAUAUCUGAUGGAGUGCAGUGUGUGUUGAGGAAUUUAGAUGCUGUAUCAUCCACUACACUCCAGGUCGGCACUAGCCUUUUGGGGGCCCUAAGAGAGAUUUGGGGGCCCCACACCUCGCGGCAAAACAUUUUAGUGGCCCCUCUCUUGACGCAAAAUAUAUAUUUUUUCAUUUUAAAGUAACUUUCCUUUAAUUCUACACAUUUUGCCAUUGGCGGAGAGAAAAUUUAGCAAUUAUAUAGCACAUUUAAUGCAAUUCUACUCAUUUUGUCAUGGGACAUAGAGACAAAAUGUGCCGUUUUACAGCUAAUUUCCUGCAAUUCUAAAAUACCACUUUUUUACCAGCAAAUUAUCAUAAUCCAUCGGCUAAUUUGUCAAGUUUCACUUAUUUUUGAGCUAGUCUGUAUUAAAACAAUAUGACCAUUUUAUAAAUGGUAAAAUUGUGUUUGAUAUGAUUGCAUUUUGGAACCCCGCUCCCCCCAUCCCCCAAAGAUGAAUGGUUUUGACCAUGCUCUACUGCUUUGAUUGGUGUAGCUAGAAAUCACAAGUGCCUAUCAUAUAAUGAACAGGUACCCGCAAAAUAAUAUUCCAAACUUGUUUAUCUAUUUUGUGCUGUUACAUUUGUAUUGGUGUUUCGUUUCCGAUGCACUGAGGGUGUUGUUACUUAUAAUUUGCGGCGUGCAUCAUGAGCAAAGUCAUUGUCAUUUCACUUACCCUAGUUAUGAGAACCAUGGCAUGAGCACGGGCUGAUUUGGCAUUGCUGUAGCGCAGCCAAAUAGCCUGCCAGCAGCCUACCAAAGUUUGCACCGUGUCAUUACAAUGUAGAAAAACGUAUGUCCAUGUCCAAAUCGUUCAAUAGUUAGGCUAUCCAUAUUACCGGUGCUUCAUCUUAUUCUUUUUAUUUCUAUGGCGGAUUCGCGGCCGCAAUUUAUGGAACAUGCCAAAACUUUGGAGAUAACAAUAGAUGGCAAAGUCAAAGAAACUGGUUUCUCCUAUCCAUCUGUGGCGAAGUUUUCCCUAAAUGCUUUUGACAAGUCCAGCUCAAGAACCUGCUAUUGCCUAGCCAGCAAUCUCUAAUCUUAGCUAGCUAGAUAACAUUAGCAUGCUAGCUAUCUACACUGACAGCUGGCAGUGCCCUACUUGUUGUUAUUUCUCCACUCCACAUGGAAAUCACCACAACGUUCCCACCCCCUGCACCUGGUGUGUUUGACUAUUCUUACUCGCAAUAGUACGUUGAGACCCCGACUGAGUUCCAUUUAAAAAAUAAUAAUACAUGUAUUUAUUACUUUUUGGGACCAGGGGCCCUAAGCGACCGCAUGGUUGUGUAGAUGGGGUGCUAGAAACGAGUGCAGGGUUUAAGGAGGAAAGGGAGAAGAAACAGAAGAGCGAGAGGCAGAGGCAUAGCCUAGGAUAAAAAAGAGAUGGAGGAAAGUAUUGUCAGAUAUUACAGAAUGUUGAUUUGUGAGUUUGUGUGGGAGGGGAUUCUUGUACUACCAGUGAGGGACUCAACCAAAAGCAUUGGCUUGUAAACAGUGACCAGCCUAAGGGGUUUAUGAAAUAUCAGCUGUGCCGUUUUUGGGGAAAGAAAUGUAUGUUUUUAUGUGUGUGUGUGAGAGAGAAUUAUAGAGAGGGUGGGGAUUUGUUUAAAUGCCAGCCAACCCACGGCUUCUUGUGUGUGUGUCCUUUUCUUGAGAAAUGUACAGUGUUACGUAACUUGAUGAUAUUUACUUAUGUUCAUUAGAAGGCCACUAAUACAGUCCUGGGUUUAAGUAUCUGUCUGUCUUUUUCGGUCUCCAGGGUAACCAAAGAGGUUGAUGCUGACUCCAAGGAGGCCAAGAGCUUUCUGAAGGGCAAGGAGGAGACACCAUAUGUACAGACUGUACCCAGAAGACUAGAGCCCUCCUCCCUUGGCCCUGGACCG